AUGGGGAACCUGGCGCUGUGCACCUGCCCUUCUAAGGCGGACUUGCCAGGCCUGGUCAAAGAGGAGAGAUUUGUCAUACAACGCAUCACUAAAGGGAUCACCUACUACUACACUCCUGUUACAGCGGCUUAUCCCAGUGCCACCAAAUACUACCAGAAUUCCACAUCAUCUGUAACAUCUGCAAAUGACACCACUACAUGCACUCGUCCUCUGCUGGUUUUCUUCUCUUGGCUCGGUGCACAGCCUGGACCUGUUGCAAAGUACAGAGACAUGUAUAUGCAGAAGGGCUGGGACGUUCUUCUUGUACAGAGCAACGUCUUGCACUUCCUAUGGCCCCGCUGGGGUCUGGAAUACGGCCUGGAGGUUCUCAAAGUCCUGGAGCAGCCACUCUUCUCGGCUCGGCUCAUUUUGGUCCAUGCCACAUCCAUCGGGGGCUACACUUUCUCCCAGAUGCUCACACACAUUGCUCAAGACCCUGAGAGGCAUGAGGGGCUGCGGAAGAGGAUGCAAGGCCACAUCUAUGACAGUUUGGUGGUGGGCACUCUGGAUCACAUGGCUGUAGGUCUGGGCAAAACCCUGGUGCCGUGGUUAGAGGGUUUGGUGAAAAACGCAGCGUUGCUGUACUUCUGGCUGUUUAAGUCUCAGACCGUAGACAUCUACAAUCGCGGCCUCCAGAUUUUCCACAGCCCUCCCAUCACCACACCAGCGCUCUUCUUCUACUGUGAGGACGAUGCGCUGUGUGACGUGCUGAUGCUGGAGCAGGUGGUGGAGCAGUGGCGGAGGAGGGGCGUGGCUGUGCAAAGCAGGAAGUGGAAGAGGUCUAUACACGCUGCACACAUGAGGACACAUCCACAAGACUAUCUGACAUCACUGGAAACCUUUUUGAGCUCGCUGCACGGCUGUUACGUUAAAACUUAA